UAAAGAGACGCAGGAGGAGGAGGAGAAGGAGGAAGAAGAAAAUAAGGGGUGUGUUCUACAGAAGAACAGGAGUGUUGUUGUUUCUGGUGUUUUAAAAGAAAACUCCAGGACGGAGUUUCAGAGACUGAGAUCGGUGGAUCGAACCGGAGAACUUUGAGCAUGGAGACAGAGGACAGGAGUUCUGUGGGAGACUGGCAGCAGCAGGUGGGGAGAUGGACCACGCAGAUAAAAAGUACUUUUGAUGACCCACACCCACAGGUAUCACAGCUGAUGAACACCAGCGUGGGCCAGUACCUGGGCAGCCAUCCGUUGGUCGCCCUGACAGUGAUGGUCUUCAGUGCCAUGGCUGCUCUACCUGUGGGUCUCUUCCUCAUCUUUGCACUUGUCACCAUGGUCAUAUCAGCCGUGGGCUUUGUGUUUGUUGAAGUGACGGUGUUGUUCCUGGGAGGCAUGAGUUUACUGUGUGUGCUCUCUGGCAUCGCACUCUUCUCCGUCUUUGCUUCACUCAUCCUAAUGGCUCUUUAUAUAACCAUCUCCCACAUCCUGGUGUAUUAUCCCCAGCUGACAAAGGAGGGCGCAGUCCAGGAAAAAGAAAGCGAAUUAAAAUCUUCAUAAAAAAAUCUUUAAACUACACUCUGAGAAAAAAAGAUUCAGAAGGCUUAAAUCAGCACUACUGAUUUUGUUGAAUGUUUUGCUGACUUCUCACGGCACAGAGUCAAACCCUGGUGAUUACUGUUAAGUAGAGCCGUAAGACUGUUACUAUUUAUAUAUAAUAAAAUAUUUAUAUAUAAAUGCUUGAUGUUUCAUGAUCUCGGAAGCUAAAGUUGCCAACAUCAGGCAACCCAUGGUAAGAUAGAGGAAAGUUGGUGAAGGAUAAUCAAAUAGGUCGGUUACUGAGUUGAUGUUUGGCAGAGUGAAAAUGUAUUUUUGUUCAAACCCUUGUCCAGCACUUUAACACAUCGUUACCCUCCUGUUUACUGCCACCUGUUGUCUGUGAUGCAGAAUUUUAUGAACUUUUUUUGAUUUAUGAAUCUUUUUUUUCCAUGUGUCCCAGAAAACUGUAUAAGCAAUAAAUAAAUAUAGACCAAAACA